AUGAGCUGCCCCACCUCCUGCCCGCCGGACCUUUCGGAGGUGGCCCCUUCAGUGUUGGAGGAUCUGCGGACCGUCAAGGAGGUGAAGUCCGCCGACAGCGGUGGGUGGCGCGAGGCCGUCCGCAUCUCGGCCGACGGGAUCCCCUGUUGCGUUGAGCUGAUCUCUGCGGUCGUCGGGGGCUUCGCCCUCUACCAGAGCGUGGUGGUGGGCGGCCUCUUCUCGCUGGUCUCCUGCUGUCGCGAUGGCUGCCGCUGGGGUCGUGAAGCCGGUGCUGCGGGCCGGGUUCAAGCUCCUCUUGCUUUACGGGGGUGA